UCCAGGCUGCAAACGCCCGCCGGCCGCUUCCGCUCUCGGCGCAGGCGCGGCAGCUCGGCCGGAGAGCGGCCCGGGUCGGGCGAGGAGUGGACGCCGCUGGUCAGGAUGGUGCUGGAGAGCGUGGCCCGCAUCGUGAAGGUGCAGCUCCCCGCGUAUCUUAAGCGGCUCCCAGUCCCCGAGAGCAUUACCGGGUUCGCCCAGCUCACAGUUUCAGAAUGGCUUCGGUUAUUGCCUUUCCUUGGUGUACUUGCACUACUUGGCUACCUUGCGGUUCGUCCAUUUCUCCCGAAGAAAAAGCAACAGAAGGAUAGCUUGAUUAAUCUUAAAAUACAAAAGGAAAAUCCCAAAGUGGUGAAUGAGAUAAACAUUGAAGAUUUGUGUCUUACUAAAGCAGCUUAUUGUAGGUGUUGGCGUUCUAAGACGUUUCCUGCCUGUGAUGGUUCACAUAAUAAACACAAUGAAUUGACAGGAGAUAAUGUGGGUCCACUAAUACUGAAGAAGAAGGAAGUAUAAUAGUAAUGAAUUAGAGUGGAAUUCAAUUGUGUGCUGUAAAAACUUAUAACAAUAUUUUUCCAUUCUUUGUUUAUAGAAGAUCUUUCAAAUGGUGGUCUUAAUUAUUGCUACUGGUUGAAUAAUUAUUUCUGCCAAUUUAUUUUCUUGUUAUACUACUGUUUAUAUUUGAUACUUUGUAUAUUCAAACAGUCAUUUAUAUAAAAAUUAAAUUGUGCAACCCUUUCAUUCUGACUUCAAAGAAUUAAUGUAUCUUCCUACAAUAAAACCAACAUUUUAAAAUUUUAAUGGAGAAAGCUUUUGGCAGUGAGUCCAAAGCUGUUUGUUUGAAUGUCAAUAUUUUCAAUAGAAACUGUACUUUAAAAAUUUCUCUCUACAUUAUUAAAUAUAUUAUUUUUUAGUGCUCUUCUGUUUUGAUCAUUUGAAGUGAUUUUUCCCCUUUUGGCCUUCCAUAUUCCAUGCUUUUUAGAUCAAUAAGAAAACUAUUGCUGUCAAGAAUUGCUUGAGUUUUCAAAGAUAAACUCUUUAUUUUAUAAAUAUUGUUCUCUAUAAAUAUGAAUAUCCCAAUUUCAGAAAAGACAGGAACUGGGUAUAAAAAGUUUCAACAAGGAACGAUUAUUUACAUUUUAAAAGACUUGUUUA